GAUCCCGAAUUUUUUAAUAAAUAUUUCGCCACCAAUAUAACUUCAAGUGAAGUAGUAGGUGUGAUGGAGAAAGAAAAUAAUGAUCCCAUAAUAGAAUCAUUCAGUUGGACGAGGCAAAGUACCAAGCUUCUUUUAGAAAAGUAUCAUGAAAGAAAAACUAAAUUUCGUGAUCCAAAAAUUAAAAAAAGCUCUUAUGGACAGAAAUUGUUGAUGAAUUCGAAAAAAAUAAUUAUAUUGUUAACGAAGACACUCUGGACCGCAAGAUGCGAAACUUAAAAAAAUCUUAUAGGAAUAUUUUAGACAAUAAUAAAAAAACGAGUACUGGUCGUGGACGUAUUAAUUGGGAAUGGUACGACCUCAUGGAAGAAAUAUAUAGAGAAGAUCGUACUGUACACAUAGGUCCAACAAUAUCUUCUAUGGCAAUAAAUAACAACGCAGUUAAUGAGGAACAUAACAGUUUGACCCCAUCUACGUCGACUUGCGGAGAUCAAAAUAUAAGUUCUGCUUGCUCAGAAAUGGAAUUUGCUGAACAAAUCACAGAAAACGAACAGUCAAACAGGUGUGUAAAAACGUUUGUGCAAGGUAAUUUAUAUGUUUUUGAUUGGCUUCAAAAUUGUGCGCGAUUAAAUUUUGGUACAGUUAACUAUGAUUAUGGUAAAAAGAAAUACUCUAUUAAAAGUACAAUUCUUAGGCAGCAGUUAGUAUGUUACGAUAGUACGAGUAAUGAUACAUCGAGCCAGGAUAACAUGAAGACUAAAACACAAAAAGCUGCCAAAUCAAAAGUUAUGUACGAUUUACGAAAAAAAUUAUUAGACUGUGAAGAAAAAAGAGUGGAAGCGAUAAAUAAAUUAACUGAGACUAUAGAAGAACAUAAUAAAAUACAACGUGAAAGAAAUGAUAUUUUGCGGAAUUUAGUAUCGCACGCAAAACAGUAAACACUUGUGUUCAAGUAUAGAAAUAUAAUAAUAUAUGCAAAGAAAACUAAGAGAUAUAAAAUGUUCUGUUGUUUCAUAUAUAAAAUAUAUAUAUAUUAAAUUAUUUUAUAUAUAAAAU